CUUUGAAACAAAAUGUUUGCGGAAUCGCAAACCCCAUGAUUGCGGUACGAAUUUCUGCGUCGUCCGACGCAGCCAAUGCGUUACACUUUGACAGCUUGACGAUCAGCUGCUCGCCCACAAAUAAACAAACAGAAAAUGUGCGAACAUAACCUUCUCGCGGGAGGUUUGUUUUUUUCUGCGUUGCUGUUAUUUUUGAUUUUAAAAUCGGGAGUGAAAUUUGUCACCGGUCCGGUCAUGUCCGGACGAGUGAACCAAGCAUCGGGGAUCUUAUGCUUGACCACAUUUGCCUCCCGGCUGUGGCGGGCAGAUCUUUCAGGCUAGGCCGAUUUUGGUCCGAUCCAGAAUCAGGAGGAGGAAACAACAAGGGACGGUUGCAGUUGAGUGCACAGAAGAUGAUUUUCCCCAGAGAGAAAACUUAGCAGGCACGACAACACGACAGCCAGCACCGGGCUGACGAAUAGUCAGUACGCGGGGACAGGAAGAACGAACAUCGCCUGCGAACAGUUGUAGUGCGUCCUGCCUGACCAUCAACUCCACCCGCUAACCCGGUAAGAUCGUGUCCCCGUUCCUGUGCUCACCGGACACGAAACCUGAGGCGCGGAUACGAAACUGUAACGACAUUCCGUGUUCACCGCGGUGGAACUGCUGGAAGUUUACGCGGUGCUCCAAGUCCUCUGGCUUCGGAAUUCAGAUGCAUGAAGUGACCUGCAUCCACGAGGCAACCCGCGACGGUGAGAACACCAUGAUCGUACCGAACAGCAUGUGUACCACGAAGCCCCAGCCGGAACCGCAGUUCUGCAACAUCAACGACUGUCCUCUGCGUGGGAGGUUUCCGAGUGGAGCAAGUGCUCGGAACCUUGUGGAGACGGCCUCAAGGAGCGUCGCGUCGAGUGCAAGCAGAUCAUGGCCAAGGAACACAAGGUCGAACGGCCGGCGUCAAUGGGCCCGAGCAACAAACCUCCGGACAAGAAGCCUGCAACGGCAAAGCGUGCAUCCUGGAAUACCAGAACCCCCCGAUCGCCGGAACCAACUCGACCUUCAUCCAGCAUGACCCCGAGAAGAACAAAAUCACGCUCAAAUUCGGCGGUGCAGCGACCGUGUUCUUUGGGAAGCAAAUCAAAAUCAAGUGCCCAUUCAAGCGAUUCAACCGAAUCAAUAUUCUGUGGGCCAAGGUUGCCGACGCGCGUUGUGGGAUCACCCGUACGUGGCGAACCAAAUGGAGGAUAUAA